AGGAGUUGGAGUGACUUUCCAGCGGACGCUGCACAGUCGCCCCCGGGCGGCGGGUCGGCAGCGAAGUCCGCGCGGCACAGGCCCAGCGUGGAGGAUCCUCUGCGGAGUUGGCGUAGGCCCAGGCUCGCCGUGCCGGGGGGCGUUUGCGCUGCGGGGUUGGCGUAGGCCCGGGCUCGCCGUGCCGGGGGGCGUUUGCGCUGCGGGGUUGGCGCAGUCGCUGUCCCGGCCAAGCCGCGGCGCAGUUGGCGCAGCUCUGCGGCCGCGCUUUAGUUACCUGGCGGAGGGGAGCACCGCAGGUCCGCUGGGGCUGUCGCGAGUCGCCACUCGCCACUCGGCGGGUGGCGGGCACGGAGCGCGGCGCCACCCUAGGGCUGGGGGUGAGGCUGGAGCGGAGCGGGCGUUCGAGUAACCGCUCUUGGGGAGGGACAAGGGAGAAGAUGACAAAUCACUAAACUGUUUAAAAAGAUGCCUGUUGAAUUCUGAGUGUUCCUCAUGUAGCUUCUUGCUGUCCUGGCAGUCAGCAUGGCCAUACCAAUAACAGUUCUGGACUGCGAUCUCUUGCUUUAUGGCCGCGGUCACCGAACUUUGGACCGCUUUAAGCUGGAUGAUGUGACCGAUGAAUACCUUAUGGCCAUGUAUGGGUUUCCACGCCAGUUUAUUUACUACUUGGUGGAUCUCUUGGGAGCCAGCCUUUCUCGCCCUACUCAGCGGUCCAGGGCCAUCAGCCCGGAGACCCAGAUUCUUGCAGCCCUGGGCUUUUACACUUCCGGCUCCUUCCAGACCCGGAUGGGAGAUACCAUUGGAAUCAGUCAGGCCUCGAUGAGCCGCUGUGUCGCUAAUGUCACAGAAGCCCUGGUAGAAAGGGCCUCCCAAUUCAUCCACUUCCCAGCAGACGAAACCUCUAUUCAGAGUCUGAAGGAUGAAUUCUAUGGGCUAGCAGGAAUGCCAGGGGUAAUUGGAGUAGUCGACUGCAUCCAUGUAGGGAUCAAGGCUCCCAAUGCUGAAGACCUCUCCUAUGUGAACCGUAAGGGCCUGCACUCUUUAAACUGUCUGAUGGUGUGUGACAUCCGGGGGGCCUUCCUGAAUGUGGAGACAAACUGGCCAGGCAGCCUCCAGGACUGGGCUGUUCUGCAGCAGUCGGCCCUGAGCAGUCACUUUGAUGCAGGGAUGCACAAAGACUGCUGGCUCCUUGGUGAUAGCUCCUUCUUUCUUCGCACCUGGCUCAUGACCCCACUUCAUAUUCCGGGAACUCCUGCAGAAUAUCGCUAUAACAUGGCCCAUUCUGCAACUCACAAUGUAAUUGAGAAGACAUUUAGGACCAUCCAGUCCAGAUUCCGCUGCCUGGAUGGAUCCAAGGGAGCCUUACAGUACUCUCCAGAAAAGUCCAGUCACAUCAUUUUAGCUUGCUGUGUGCUCCAUAACAUUUCCUUGGAACAUGGGAUGGAUGUGUGGUCUUCUCCAGUGACCGGACAUUUGGAUCAGCCAGAAGAAGAGCAUGAGCACGUGGAGGCCCUAGACUCGGAAGCUGACCGCAUGCGCCAGGAGCUGAUGCUCACUCACUUUAGGUAGUCUGGAGUGCAGCCAGGGGGCUUGGCUACUUCCACUAGCGUGAGGACACUUGUCAUCCAUUGGUACUUAACGUCUGCGUUUUAUGGGAUGCAUCUGCCAAUUGAGUAGCUAAAUCAAAACCAUGGUUCUAGACUUUUUGGUGAACUUCACCCAGUUUGAAAUCCACUCAUUUUAAAACCAAAUGGCUGGGAAAAGCUCAAGUGUUCAUAUGCACAAAGUAAAAGAAAAAACUAAUUAACAGCUAAUUCAAAUCACAAUGCCACUCGUGCAUCAGUUACCACGAUAUUUCUAAUAAAAGCAAAUUUUCUUGUCCUAAA